CCCCCCCCCCCCCCCCCCCCCCCCCCCCCCCCCCCCCCCCCCCCCCCCCCCCCCCCCCCCCCCCCCCCCCCCCCCCCCCCCCCCCCCCCCCCCCCCCCCCCCCCCCCCCCCCCCCCCCUUAAUGGAGAAGUCAACGGUGAUCUGUUAGAAGCAACCAAGAGAUUUGACUACGUAUUUGAUGAAUUAUGCGUUACAUCUGAUGGAGCAAUUAUGAGGAAUGAUAAAAUUGUUAUUCCAGAAAGCUUAUAUGAUCGUGUAAUUGAUAUAGCGCAUGAUGGAUAUCAAGUGCAACAUGAACCAUGUCAAACGUCAGAAUUACCAUCAGGCCCAUGGCAAUUAAUUGCAUUAGAUUUUUAUGGCCCAACUGAGUCAGGUACAUAUUUAUUAUUGAUUAUAGGCGAAUAUUCACGAUUUAUAAUAAUCCAUGAAGUGAAUACAACAGCAUCGCAUUAUGUAUUACCAAAAUUACACGAAUCAUUGUCACUAUUUGGUAUUCCACAAAUAGUUAAAACUGACAAUGGCCCACCGUUUAAUGGAGCUGAAUUUGGCAAUUUUUGCAACUAUUAUGGCAUAAAACAUAGAGCUAUUACAUCAUAUUGGUCAAGAGCUAACGCAGAAGCUGAGAGGUUUAUGCAAAAUUUAAAAAAGGUAUUCCAAAAUGCAAAUAUAAAUCAAAUAGAUUGGGAUUUUGAAUUGAAUCGGUUUCUUGCCGCAUACAGAGCAACUCCUCAUUCAACCACAGGAAUAGCACCGUCAAGUUUAUUAUUUAAGCACGAGUCCUGUUCAAGAUUAAUUCAAUUAUAUGAGAAACGUCCAUUUCAAUUUAAUAAUGAUGAUAUUUCAGCUAAAUUGAACGACGAGGUAAAUAAACAAAAAAUGGCGAAAGAUUUCGAUAGCAGACAUAAAAUCAAAGAAGCAAAUUUUAAAAUUGCCGACGAAGUCUUAUAUCAACCCCCAAAGCACAAAAUAUCAAAUAAAAAGAAUCCCAGAAGACAUACAGAACCAGACAAAACAUUAGGUAUAAAAGGGGCAAUGAUAACAGUUGGCCGUGGUGAUAUCAAAUUUACAAGAAAUUCAUCGCAUUUUACAUUAUUCAAAAAGAGAAAUAACCUAUUAAACAAUCAUAAUCGAUUUUAUUGUUCCAAUCCCCCUUCAACCAAAUCAUCUUCUUCAAAUGAUCUACCAAUUAUUCCCACUGAUUCAGAUCGAACAAUCAUUCCAUUAAGAAGAUCCACUAGAACAAGAAAGCCACCAGAUCGUUUACAGUAUAAAUAA